GAGAGAGAGAGCAGGAAAGCAUGAUAUAAAGGCAAGACUUUAUUGGAACAGAAUAAUUCUGCAUCAAAUAAGAUGGCAGAGAUCAGCAUGAUCAUUUGUUUCCUGGCUGAACUUUUAAUGGCCUCUGCAUCCAUUGAUUACUCGGUCCAGUGUGAAAGCACUCAGGAUGUCCACACUGUCCGUGUGAUACAGGGAGAGGCUCUGCGUCUGCCCUGCUCCAAUUUAGAGUGCAGCGAAGAGACGAAUAAUUCACUAAUAUUUUGGUUUAAAAAUGGAAGCAAUGGAAUCCAGCCAAUCACAACAGGAGAGACAGAGCGAGUCCACGCCCAUGGCCCUGUGUUGUACUUCUUGCCUCUGAGUCUAAAUGACACAGGUGUUUACAUAACAAAAUGGUGGUAUAAUGGCUCUAACUGUGAUGAGUUUGAAAAUAAAAUUGAGGUUUAUGAGAAGUUUCACACCGAUCAGCUCUACGGAAACUACUCGGAGCAAACAAGCAUUGUCACUCUUUAUUGUCCAGUAUGUAAAGAGAAUGAAAGGAACUUCACCUGGUAUAAGGAUUUCCGUCUGAUGCCUGAUAAAUCUGAUCACAGACUCCAAAUUUUCCUACCGCCAGAAGAUCGGAUCGGAACAGAACAGAACGGAAUCUACACCUGCGUGUGCGUGUGGGAGCAUCAUGGUCAUAUUUACAACUCCAGUGGGUCCUACCAGCUUCAAAGAAAAGAACUUACAAGGAAUUUUGCUCCAACCUUUCAGUAUCCCUUGAACAACUGUGUGGAGUUUGUGAAUUUGGGGGGACAGCUGGAGCUGAACUGCCUGGUGUUCUUUGGUAUCAACAUAAACGAUGUGCCAAGUGUUUACUGGAUGAGAAACAACAGCAGAUUGAACUCUAACUACAGCAAGAACAAAGAUGGAAUAAAGUCAAGUUUCAAGAUUACUCAGGUUUCAGAGACGGACCUACAAUCUAACUACUGCUGCAUAGCCAUGAGCGCACAAAAGUGGGAGUUUGUGUGCAUCAGCCUCAGCACCAGAGAAUCUCUGACCCCCGUGGUUGUGAUGUUUUCAUGCAUGCUUUUGUUCCUUCUGCUGGCUGCUGCGAUACUGAAGUGGUUUACUGUGGAUCUGGUCCUGUGUUUCAGAAGCUUCGGAAUAAUGCAAAGCAAAAGAAAUGAUGGCAAAGUAUAUGAUGCAUAUGUGAUCUACCAAAAGGAUAACUUGGACGAGAAAACAGAAAGGAAAGUUGCUCAUUUCGUAAACAAAGUUUUGCCGGCGGUACUGGAGAACACCUGCGGCUUUAAACUCUACAUUCAGGGCAGAGACGACCUGCCUGGUGAAGACUGCUCUGAGCUGACCGAGACGAGUAUGCAGCUGAGCCGCAGGUUGAUCGCUGUGCUGCCUUUAGGACUCAGUCGGCAUCACCGAGUCACAACCUCACUCUGUUACGACUGGCAUGUGGGGCUGCAUCAGGUGGUGGUCGAACAAGAGAUGAAAGCGAUCCUGAUUCAACUGGGAGAUAUGGACGACUUUUCCCAUUUGCCGAUGGGGCUACAGCAUCUCCUCCAGAAGACUCCGCCCCUAAGGUGGGAUGAAGGUAGUGGCCAAGCACUUUGCCCCACCUCUCGUUUCUGGAAGCAGGUGCGCUACAUGAUGCCUGUUCCUCCAGACUCCAGGUCUCGUGGUGUUGCUUCACCCAGAUGAGGAUGG